CAGCCUAUAGUAUUGAUUGCUGCAAAGUUAAAUGGCCCUCAGGCUGCCACACUGAGCGGCUGUGUCUACUACCUAUUUGCCACGUCUGCGGGGAAGGAGACGCUGGUGGUUCGGUGAAUAGCGCGGCCUGUGCUGCUGCAUGAUCGUGUUAGCUAGAUGCUGGCGAUGCUGCUAGCGGCCCUCCUGGCCUGUGCCGGAGGCGCCCUGAUCCCGGAGCCUGAGGUGCAGGUGAAGGUCUUGGAGAAGCCGUUCAUCUGUAAGCGGAGGACUAAGAACGGGGACAUGCUGCUGAUCCACUUCGAGGGUUUCCUGGAGAGUAACGGGACCCUCUUCCACUCCACGUAUACAGAUAACAAUGGCCAACCUGUAUGGUUUACGCUUGGCAUUAGAGAAGUUAUUAAAGGAUGGGAUAAAGGCCUGAAAGAUAUGUGUGUCGGGGAGAAACGGAAGCUAAUUGUCCCCCCUGCAUUGGCUUAUGGAAAAGAAGGAAAAGGAAAAAUACCUCCAGAGAGCACAUUAAUCUUUGAUGUCAAUCUUAUGGAGAUCCGAAAUGGACCAAGAUCCCAUGAGUCAUUCCAGGAAAUGGAUCUGAAUGAUGACUGGAAACUCUCUAAAGAAGAGGUGAAGGCCUAUCUGAAGGUAGAAUUUGAGAAGCAUGGCGGUGCUGUUAAUGAGAGUCAUCAUGAUGUCCUGGUUGAGAGCAUAUUUGAGAAAGAAGAUGAAGACAGUGAUGGUUUCAUUUCUGCCAGAGAAUUUACAUAUGUACACGAUGAGCUUUAAAUUCCAGUCUCUGUAAGAUCUUUCUUGUGCUGAAAGUAUCUCUUUAGUGCUGGUGUCAGAAACUUCAUAUGCUGCACUGACACUCCCUGGUGUACCUGGAGCAUUGAUGGAACUCUGAAUUCACUCUACAUUACAAGAAGCUGGCACUACAGGAUGGUGUCUGGUUCUCCCUAGGCCACAUCUCCCUUUUUUUAUUUUAUUUUUAAUUUCAGGUUAACUGACUGCAGCUGUCCUGUCCAGUUUCCAUAUAGAGAAAUGGUGCCACUAACUUGUAUGUUCAUCUAUUCCCUAUACGGAAUAGCCCAUAUUGGGCACUUGGAGGUGACUAUAUUAUCUGUUCUAGUAUGCAGGGAAUAAUGGGCAAUACCCAUAUGCAAAAAAUGUCUGGCGCACAAAUUCUAGCAAAGCAUAACUUAUAUGGUGUGUGUGAUUAGAUGCUUUGUAUCAGUGUCAAAUAAAAAUCUAAAACUUG